AUGGGUUUGCACAAGACGGCAGAUACAACCGUCAAUAGGCUUCGGAAGCCCAGAGAGGAGCACAGCCAGCUGGUGCGGGAGUGGGUGAGACAGAUCAGAGAUUUGUCCUACGACAUGGAGGACCUAUCGGAUGAAUACGUGCACCUUCUCGAACGCGUUGCUUUCGCCUUCACCACCCGAAUCCCCUCUCGCCGUCGGCUCGCAAAGCGUAUGCAGCACAUUAAUAGGAGUCUUCAGGAGAUGUACCGCCGGGCGUCACAGCUCGGCAUCCGGGGGCUGCCGUUCUCUGCUUCGUCUUCCUCAGGCAUGGAUGCAACUCUUGCUCGAAGGUUUGAGCUGGACGCGGAUGUUGUGGGCUUUGAAGAAGAUGUGGAAGUCAUCACGAAACAGCUUUGUGAUCUGGGCAGACAAGUCUUGACUACGAUCAUGAAGCAACUCAUGGGUCUGGAAUUCGAUCAGGUUCAGGAUAUGGAUGAACAAGAGAUGAAGAAGGAAAUCAAGGUGCACUUACAAGGGACAAAGCUUGCGAAGAGCUUGCAACGCAUCAAUAGGAAUCUUCAAGAGACGUCCAAGCAUGCAUCCGAGCUUGGCAUCCAAGGUAUUCCAUCCUCGUCUUUGUCUCCUAUCAAGGACACAAAUCUUUCUCUUAGAUAUGAUGUAGCAGAGGAUGUGGUAGGCUUUGACCACGAUAUCCAAGUCAUCACGUAUCAGCUAUGUGAUCUCCAUGUAACACGACGUGCCGUCAUUUCCAUCGUCGGCAUGGGUGGUUCGGGCAAAACCACACUUGCCAACAAAGUCUACAAUAGCCAAGCCGUCAAAGAUCAUUUUCAGUGUCGGGCAUGGAUAGUUGUGUCACAAUCGUAUACGGCUAGAGAACUCUUGACCAAUAUCAUGAAGGAAACUAUGAAUAUAGGCAACGGUCAAACUAGGGAAAUGGAUGAACGAGAGAUGAAGAACAAGAUCAGGGAGCAUUUAAAAGGAACAAGGUAUCUGGUGGUGAUGGAUGAUAUCUGGAAGGUUUCAGAUUGGGAAACAAUCAAGACAGCCUUUCCCGAAGAAUUCACAGCAUCGCGAGUACUGCUCACCACACGUAAAAUGGAUGUUGCCGAAACUGCAGACCCGGACAGGCCUCCGCACCAUCUCAAACUUCUCGAGUCGGAGGAAAGUUGGAAUUUGUUCUGCAAAAAAGCAUUUUCUAAUGCAUGUUGCCCACCUCAUUUGCAGCAUCUUCAGGAUAAAAUCAUUCAAAAAUGUGGCGGAUUACCUCUGGCGAUCGUGGUUUUAGCCGGGCUGCUACGGAGGAAGCAUGAAGCUUACGAGUGGAGCCAAACCUUGGAACGUAUUUCUCAUGCACCUAACAAAACCGAUGAUCAAACUCACAAAAUAUUAGCUCUCAGUUACAAUGAUCUACCUCAUCAUCUCAAGUCUUGCUUUCUUUAUUUUUCUGCAUUCCCCGAGGACUACGACGUCGACGCUGAAAGGUUGAUGUGUUUAUGGAUUGCCGAGGGUUUCGUAGGAUCAGACCUGGAGGGUCAAACAAUGGAGGACCUGGCAGAGAUGUAUUUGAUAGAGCUUAUCAACAGGUGCAUGAUACAGGUGGGAAGAAGGAAUGAGAUUGGGAGUGUGGGAUCUGUUCGAGUCCAUGAUCUACUGCUAGACCUGGCUCGUUAUGAAGCUAGAAAACUCAAUUUUUGCAGAUCCAUUAGCGACAAAGGCGAUUCAACUGAUCUACGACGUCUUAGUAUCACAGAUGAUGAAGGCGUGCAUCAAUAUACAUCACUCGGUUUCUCUAUCCCUAAACUACGGUCGCUUCUUUUCCUCCUUAAAUAUGAUGUCGAUAUGCCAAGCAAAUCUAUGAUUCAUGGAUCCAAGUUUCUCAGGGUGUUGGACCUCCAGCGUGUUUAUAUUGAAAGCCCAAGUGAGAUCGGAGACCUGAUCCUAUUGAGGUACUUAAACCUGUCAUUUUCAGAAGUAAAGGAAUUGCCUUCAUCUAUUGGAAAUCUUUGCCAUCUACAGACCUUCAUCGCUUUGGGUUAUAAUUUGAGGAUACCAAGUUCAUUUUGGAAGAUCCAAACACUAUGA